ACAAGCCUCCGUGUUUGCAAUCUAUGGAUUUUGAAAGCCCAUGGACAUGCGCCAUACAUACCGAAGAUAAUAAUUGCAAAAUAUCUAGGAGAAGCAGAGGCUGAACAGAACCCAACCCCCAAAAAACUGGCAUUUAUUUCUUAUUUUUUUACAGAUAUUUCCACUUUUUCAGGUAACUCCAAAAGGCCUCGGUGAAUAACAUUAAACGACUACAGUUUUGCUGUGCGAAGUUAACCAGAACGCUUUCUUGCAGAAUUGGUAAGAGAUGCACACCUAUUGGUACUAUCCUAACAGUGCUGAUUUAUAUUUGAUUCAAAGAUUUUUUGGUUUAUACUCAGACUGAUCACUUUACUGCCGGAACAUGAAGGUUGCAGUUUUGGACUUGGGCACAAUUUUUGCUAAGAUUUUCAAAUCUUCAGUAUCCCCUAUUAAUCCUGUUCCAGCUCCUGGAAAUUCUUUUUCUGGUCCAGUGUCUUCUACAGGACCCACAAAUAUACCAGUGGUCCAUAAAACACCUUUUCUCCUACUUCCUGCCCCUCCAUCUCCUUUGAACAUUAUUCAUUCAGCCACUUCUUCAACUUCUUCCUUGCCACGGGUUUCCUCAGGGAAAAGUAUAACUCAUCUUGGUGGCCUUUCUGCACCCGGUAGCCCAUCUCAAUCUAGUAAACCCCAGGCUUCUAAUUCGGCUGCCAAUACACUUGAGACUCAUUUUCAGCAGCCUUACGAGGAAUCAUGGACUGGUCCAGAUUCUACAGCUGUAGCUCCAGUGCAACCUACCACAAUUUUUGUACGACCAGCUCUGUCAAACACCAGCCUUAUAAUGCCUAUUUUGCCACCUGGACAUUCCACACGUUCACCAAGGCUUCUUCAGGAUAGCUUAACAUCUGGAUGGAACACCAAGUCCAUGCUUCUUACCCUUCCAGAUAUUGGAGAGGAAAGCACGGACUAUGAAGAUAGCCACCACAGCCAAGGGAAGGGCAUUUCUCGAGUCAACACUGAUGCCUGCAUUUCUGAAGAUGAUGGAGACCCUCUUCCUGCACAUUUUACCAGACCGGUACAGGAAGCGAUAUGUAAUUACACAUGUGAGUCCAUCUCAUCUCUAUCAUCUAGUGGACAAACCACUCCAACAGACCUAAACCAAUCCUGGUCAGGAAUUCAGAGCUAUACCACGGGCCUGUCCACAGAAAGGAGUUCAGUAUACUCCUGGAGAGAUGAUGAAUUUGAUAAAGCCAACACUCUAAGAGUGCAUCAGUUAUUCUGGGAUGUGGAUGAGAUGAUGUUUGAAGGCAAUGUGACAUCUCAAACCAAGAAUCUACAAGCUGAAUGCAAGGAGUGGACCAAACGAUCUCUGCAUCUAAGAAUAUUAGGAAAACAACUUAUUUUCCCCAUGGAUGAUGGUUUCCAGCACUUUCAAAGUAGGACUCCUAGUUCUGUAUACACAAGUUCUUUCCCUAGCCUGGUGGAGAGCAGCAGUGACCUGGGACAGCUCUGCAUUUCAGGAUCAAAACUGGUUCCCACAGUAUCUCCUUUACAAAAGGAGUAUACUUACAGUGGAAGCUCCUUGACUUCUGACUCAUCUGUAUACUCAUUCCUCGAGGAAGAGAUCUAUGAUGUGGAUGGUAACAUUGAGGAGUACCUCGCUUAUGACAGCAAAGACUAUGAGGAUGAGGGCUUGGAUCAAAAGAAAGCCCACCUUCAUCGGAAGAGGAACAAACGUGGCAUUCCUCCUGUCUCCCCUAAUGCAUGUAUCAAAGACACAGUGGCUGCAGAGGUGUUUGAUGAUGCCUGGAGAAACAUUGUGGAGUUGAUGCAGGAUGUGGUUCUUAGAUCCUGGGAAUCCGCCUCAGAUGAAAUUAAGCAAGGUGGAAAGUUACAGCCCUCCAGGAAUGUUCAAAUUCCAGUUCCAAGGAUGGUUUCAGAAGUACCCAGUGUUCCUCCUUCUAGGGGCUCAGAAACCCGAAGCAUGUCAUUUGGCACAUACGCUUUACCAUCUCAGGGCAGCCGUAAUUUCUACAGUGACUUGAAUGGAGUAAUGACCAUUCAAGCAAAGCCGCUACAACAUCGACACGGGGGUUUAGCUGAAAAGACACAUGAACAAGAGGACAAAACUUUAAAUGUUGUACCUAGCAUCUUAACCUCUGCAAGGAACCGACUUGGCAGACUGACCGAUAACAGUGUUCUCUCGGCCUCUCGGAUGCUGCAAACGCCUUCUAGAAAGACGCCAACACAACGCAGACUGCCCUCACUUUCCUUGGAUCCUUUGAGAUCUAAAACACCAAAUGUUUACAGCGAUGAGGUCCUAAGGGGCACAAAACUAUACACUGGUUUGGAACGAUUGUGCUCUCCAUCCAUACAAGCAAACAGAAAUAAAUUGCCACCAAUUAACUCUGAAGCCGUUGAGCAACAUCUGUCAGUGCCUGGAUCACGUCAUUCAGCUCACAGGGGCCGAUACUUGCAUAGCCGGGUAUCAAGUGCCGUCCCUGAUACCACUGGGAGACGACCUUUGCGAGAGCGAACUGUAGUUGUAGAACAAUUCUCAAGACCCAAUACAACUCAUACAUUCAGAUCAGAAGCAUCAUACAGAAGGUCAUUUACUCCUUUGGAUUUUGCCAAUAAUACAUGGACUGGUCAGACAUUCCUAACAAGUUCACAGUAUCAACCCAAGUCUCUCCAGAGGAACCCACCAAACGCAAGAAGAAAAUUUCAAGUGCCAUAAUAAACAGACUUGGACAGUAAUCCUUGUAUUAGGCACAUGGGACCUCAAGAGCACCCCCCCCAACAAGUAUUUUCAUGAUAGCUUUACAUUCAGUAUGGUGCUUUUUAAUAUAUGGAAAGGGGGCUCAUUGAAACCAAUUUCUUCAAAUCCAGGCUACUGAGUUUAUUUUGUAUUUGCACCACAGGGUACCGGUAUUUGGACAUUGCAGGAUUAGCCGGGCAUUGUACACAUUUUGAUCUUCCAUGAAUUGUUCAUAAUAUAAGAUGUACAUAUGUUAUGCAGGAUUUUGCAUAAUAUUAAAAAAAUAUAUUUUUUUCCAAGAAAUAUAACUUUUUAUAUGGUAAAUUAAAUAGAGCUGGAUUUCCGGUUUGGCAAAUGAAGGGUUUGCGUAUAGAGCCUGUUCCUUUGGGGCUUAAUGCAGAAGAGCAAUGGGUGUGGCUUAAUUUUAAUGCCACUUCCUACCUUUACUACAAAGAUUCUUAGUGGCUGAGCCACUAUGAGUAAUCUUAAGGCCCA